AGCUGAUGAGGGAUCGGCAGGCGACAGGACUCUCGCAUGCCUGUCCUCAAUCUGAAGCUGCCCCUAUCCACAGAUAAAGGAGGAAGCGGUGGAAGCAGCUAAACCUCUUCUCUUUUUCUUCAUUUUCACCUUUUCUCUCUCUUGCUUUUCACAUUGGAAGAAGAGGAAACUGGAGAUCAUUUGUUUUUCUUUCUUUGUUUUCUCAAACUCUUCAAAAAUAUUGCAAGUGGCUUCAGGAUAGUUGCUAGGUGAAAGAGGAAAGCUACUAAAUGCACCAUGGGGACUGAUGAGUUGUACAAUUUCGUCUUUAAAGUGGUUUUAAUAGGAGAGUCUGGCGUAGGAAAGAGCAACCUUCUGUCUCGCUUCACUAAGAAUGAGUUUAAUCACGAAAGUCGCACCACCAUCGGCGUGGAGUUCAGCACGCGGACCGUUCAGCUGGAGAACUACACCAUCAAAGCCCAAAUCUGGGACACAGCCGGGCUGGAGCGCUACAGGGCCAUCACCUCAGCGUAUUACAGGGGAGCAGUUGGAGCUCUGUUGGUUUACGACAUUAGCAAGCACCUGACCUACGAGAGCGCAGAUCGAUGGUUGAAAGAGCUGUUGGACCAUGCGGACCCUCACAUCGUGGUCAUGCUGGUUGGGAACAAGAGAGACCUGGAGAACCUCAGGACGGUGCCCUCAGUGGAGGCCAAAGACUUUGCAGAGAAGAGAGGUCUCAUGUACAUGGAGACGUCAGCCUUGGACUCCACUAAUGUCGAACAUGCUUUCAAUGAAGUCCUCACAGCCAUCCAUAAGAAGGUGGCCAGCAGAGAGGUGACCCGUGGCUCCAUCAGUGCUGUGACCCUGUCCAGCCCCAUCGGACUCUCCGGGGACGGGCAGGAGGAGCGCAGAGGCUGCUGCAAGAGCUCCUAACAGACUUCUGUUAAGAUCUGACCACCAUGAACCCACAAAACGCUCGACUGCCUUUGAAGCUCAAGCUCGACAUCAUUCACAGCCCAUUUGAAGAGUGAGGUACCUACUUGACACCGCUGUCAGUGUACAAACCUCUUAAAUAUACAAACUCUAAAGAAUGUAACUAAAAACGAAAUAUUAAGAUAAGCAAAUAUUGAGAAAAUCUUUAUUUUAUACAUACGAUUUAUACUUGUGGUGGCACGUUUUACUACAGAUAGCUGUUCGAUUGUUUUCUAUCAACAUGUUUUUUAAAGAGGCUUUGUAAAGUUUGUUUUGCUUUAUGAAGAAAUGCACUGGGAUUCCCUUGGAAUAAAUUAUUUAUGUUAUUCUGUCUGCAUGUAAUUACCGCACAAAAAUAUUAGACACUUAACUAGAUGAGGGAAAAGGAGAGAGGGCUGAUGUGAGACAAAGACAAACUCAGAAGCUUUACUUUAAUAAAAGUUGUGAUUCCCCAAUGUCAAA